GCAGCUCCAGACCAGACCCUUCACUCCACCACACAACACAACAAAAACCAUACUCGAACUGAUCGAGCAGCCAGCAGGCAUCCGAGAUGGCUAGCACAAAGCGUUUGGCCCUGGCCAUUCUCGUCCUCCUCAGCAUCGGCAUGACCACCCGCGCUCGCGUCCUCCUGGGCUUCGGCCCCGGGGGAGGUGGCGGCGGCGGGGGUAGCGGCGGUGGCGGUGGCUACGGUGGAUCAGGGUCCGGGUCGGGCUCUGGAUAUGGCGAGGGAGGUGGUAGUGGAGGCGGUGGGUUCGGGCAUGGCGGCGGGGGCGGAGGCGGGGGCGGCCAGGGCGGCGGCUCCGGGUACGGGUCCGGCGAGGGGUCCGGCUACGGCGGCGGCGCCGGCGGGUUCGGUGGCGGCAGUGGCGGAGGCGGUGGCGGCGGUCAAAGCGGCGGUGGAGGAAGCGGGUACGGGCAUGGAUACGGCGAGGGCUCUGGAUAUGGCUCCGGUGCUGGUGGCGGUGGUAGUGGUGGUGGACACGGUGGGGGUGGGGGCGGUGGCCAAGGUGGUGGGUCUGGCAGUGGCUCGGGAUAUGGUUCCGGGUCCGGAUAUGGGCAGGCUGGAGGAGGAUACGGAAGCGGCGGCGGAGGUGGCGGCGGCGGCGGAGGUGGCGGUGGGCAAGGCGGAGGCUCCGGCUAUGGCUCCGGGUCCGGCUCUGGUUAUGGCUACGGCUCCGGCGGUGGCUACGGGAAUGGACACCGCUGAGGUCCAUCAUCCAUGCAUCUUCAUUUCAGGGCAAAUUAAGCACAUGCAACAGUUAUGUUAUAUCGAGUACGGAGUAGUUUAAAAUGUUUCAUCACGUACUUCGUGAGUGCAGUGACAGUGAGUCAGUAAUGGGUUUGUCUCUCAAUGCUUUGCAAAGAGCAAGAUACUGCUUUGCAAAUAGAGUUUGGGUAUUGUGUAAUUUGUACUCGGGUUGCCGCUUUCCUUAUUUGGAAAGGUCUAGUAAAUAAACGGUGCAAUUGAUUUAUAAAAGAGCUA